CACUCAAAACUAGAUGUGCUGUUGCGUUUCCUGGUACACAGUGGAAGCAGUGCUGUUAGCAUUAGCUUGAAGCGGAUACUCAAAUCUGAGGAUUAAUAUCACAUUUUUUAUUUACAUUCAACACUCAAAUCUGCGGAUUGAUUUUAAUAUAUUCCUUCUUCACCAGACCCUGAAGUCCAUGGAUUAGUUGGAUGAAAAGUUUUCUUAAGGUUACAGUCUCGUCCUUGCUCUUCACUGGAGAUCAGCUGAGUUUGCGCCUCCCGUACAGCUGCCGUCGACUUCCCCGAGACACUGCGCGUCAACACCCGGCCGUAGACGUAUACUUCCGACUAUCAGAGUUCCAGAUACAAAUGGACAGAAAUUCCAGCAAAAUUCGGAAUCAGGACUUAAAUCCAUGCAUUCAAGAAAGCGAUGCCUCGCAAAAGUGUUUGGAUACUUACAACUAUGAUAAAAGCAUGUGCAGCGCCUACUUCCAGUCUUACAAGGAUUGUAGAAAAUAUUGGCACAACAUCAUGGUGCAGAGGAGGAGAGAAGGAGUGAAACCUGACAUGCCAACAGCUGCAGAAAGGCAGGACUUUCUCUCUGCACAUGGAAGAAAACCCUAUUGACCUGUAUGACUUAAUCGUGGAUGGUAAUAUUGUUAUGUAAGUGACGUGAAGGAGGAUGUAAGAUGAUUCCUUUCACUGUAAUGAGCCACUUUUAAAGCAUUCUGUGCUUUUUUUGAAAAUUAAAAAAUAUUGCAAAUGUUUUACCUCA